GCGGGAGCGCCGUAUCCUGCCCAGGGCUGGGCCCGGCAGCUCCGCCAUGGUGAACCUCGGUGUGCGGCGGGUGGAGGAUGAUGUGGCCGCCAAGCACCCGGUAUAGGCCGGUCCAGCCACUCCGGCAUUCCCCGGGAUGUCCUUGGCCGCUCCCCCGGGGGCAGCGGGAACGUCCGGUAACCCCGGCCCCCGUCUCUGCAGGCAGCGGGGCCGCCUUCGCAGUGCAGAAGCUGGCGCGGCAGAAGCUGCCGUACGGCCCGCAGUGGAGCCUGCUGCUGGCUGCGGCUGCAGGGUCCCUCGGAAGCUACGUGGUAACCAGAGCUGAGACGCAGAAAUGUUCCAACUUUUGGAUUUACCUGGAGACAGGCAAGUCCCCACAAGAGCUCGCCGUGACUGGUCAGCCCGCAGAAAACCUCCCCUGUGCAGAGGACAGGGAUAGCAUCGCAGCACUGGUGAAGAGGAACAGGUACGGUGACGUGGUGGAGUAGCCAGCAGAGCACAGCAUUCCGUGCCCAUGUCCUGCUUCACUCCCUCCUGCCUGUCCAACCUGAUGCUGCCCAUGCUGCCUGUGAGGGUGGUAGGCGUGGUGACACUGCUGGAAAGCUCAGAGGACUUGAUCCUGCAGUGAGAGCAUGGUGGAGAUACCUCAGGGAUUGCUGCUGCCUGUCCCAUGGCCUCUGCACAUUGCACUGCAGGUACAAUAAAAGUUGAGAGCUGAA